ACAGCAGCAGAAGCGACAGGCCAUGCAGAUCUUCGUAAAGACCCUUACCGGCAAGACCAUCACCUUGGAAGUGGAGAGCUCCGACACCAUUGACAUGGUGAAGAGCAAGAUCCAGGACAAGGAGGGAAUUCCCCCAGACCAGCAGCGCCUUAUCUUUGCUGGGAAGCAGCUUGAAGAUGGACGUACUCUUGCUGACUACAACAUCCAGAAGGAGAGCACUCUGCAUCUGGUUCUUCGCCUUCGUGGAGGUGCCGAGGGCAGGGAAAAGCGCCAGACCAAGCCUGUCGAGAAGUUCACCAUCUCCUCCUCCGCUCCCAAGCCAAGGGCCAAGAAGACCGCCACCAAGAAGACCAAGAGCACCAUCAAGAAGGCCCCCAAGGCUAAGGCUGCCAAGGGAUCGAAAUCCGACAAGCCCAAGAAGCCUUUGACUGGAUACAUGCUGUUCAGCAAGCACAUGAGGGCCUCUGUUACCAAGCAGCAUCCCAACCACUCCAUCACCGAGGUCGCCAAGGAGCUUGGAGCCAUGUGGAAGGCUUUGCCUGCCGCCAAGCAGGAGCAAUGGAAGGCAGGAAAGGUCCCCAAGUAAGCGCAGUUUCUCUUGCGAGCACUAUCAUUUCAAGGUGGCUUGUUGCUUGCACUAUAGAAGGCAACAGAAGAAAGUGUUUUUAUCUAAGAACUAUUUCUCCCAAGACAUGAAAACUUGGGCUGCUUUUAAUUGUAAUCUAGAGCAGAUAACCAAAAUCUAAUAAACUCAACAAAAAUCUC